UCUCUCUCUCUCUCUCUCUCUCUCUCUCUCUGGCUCGUAUAUAGCUGAAACCAUAAAUUCUUCCUCAGGCUAUUUUCACCAUAACUUUCUCGUGAAAACUCAUCUUUUCUAAUAUCCAAUUUCUCUGGCCAAUUCCUUUUCCAAUUUUAUUCGUAAAAUCUAGCUACCACGAGUUCAAUUAUCCAUCACACGAACUCUCCAGAAAAGUUUCAUUAGUUCAUUAUUCAAUCAACAAACAUUUGAAAAUAUACCGAAUUUCUCAUACAAAUAUUUACACAUCGAGAAUUUGGUUAAAUUGAUCGAUAUAGUUGGUGAUCAUGACGAGAGUAGCAGAGGAAGUAAUGGAGAUGAAUAUGAAUGGAGGAGUAGAGUAUGAAGUAGAAGAUGUUAGAGAUAAGAUAGAAUCUUCUAGAGGAAGUCGAUUUCAACUUAUCGAAGACGAUCUCGGUUUAAACUUGUUUCGCCGGAGAAUUAGCCGCCUUAAGAUUAAUCUCUCUCAAGGUUUCAUUAUUCAUCCCGAAAACAGGUGGUACCGGAUGUGGGAAAAUUUUAUCCUAAUAUGGUCAAUUUAUUCAUCAUUUUUCACGCCUAUGGAGUUUGCCUUCUUCAAUGGAUUACCAAGGAAACUCUUUCUCUUAGACAUUUGUGGUCAAAUAGUUUUCCUUGUGGAUAUUGUCCUCCAAUUCUUUGUUGCAUAUAGAGAUAGUCAGACCUACAAGAUGGUGUACAAACGAACCCCUAUUGCUCUUCGGUACUUGAAAUCUCAUUUUAUUCUUGAUUUUCUUAGUUGCAUGCCUUGGGAUAUAAUUUACAAGGCUGUUGGCAGCAAAGAAGAAGUGAGAUACCUCUUAUGGAUUAGGUUGAGCAGAGCGCGCAGAAUUACUUACUUUUUCCAGAAGAUGGAGAAAGAUAUUCGGAUCAAUUACCUCUUCACUAGAAUUGUAAAACUUAUCACAGUAGAACUCUACUGCACACAUACAGCUGCCUGCAUCUUUUACUAUUUGGCAACUACGCUGUCUGAACAACAAGAAGGUUAUACAUGGAUUGGUAGUUUGAAAUUGGGAGAUUACAGUUAUUCAAACUUUAGAGAUAUUGAUCUUUGGACGCGAUACACUACUUCAAUGUAUUUUGCUAUUGUUACUAUGGCAACUGUUGGUUAUGGAGAUAUACAUGCAGUCAAUUUGAGGGAAAUGAUAUUUGUCAUGAUUUAUGUCUCCUUUGAUAUGAUUCUCAGUGCUUAUUUGAUCGGUAACAUGACAGCUUUAAUUGUGAAAGGAUCAAAAACUGAGCGAUACAGGGAUAAAAUGACAGAUCUAUUGAAAUAUAUGAAUAGAAAUAGACUCGGAAGGGACAUCCGUAAUCAAAUAAAAGGUCACUUGCGAUUACAAUAUGAAAGUGCUUAUACUGAUGCAGCUGUUCUCCAGGACAUUCCAAUCUCAAUCCGCGCCAAGAUUUCGCAGAGUUUAUAUCAGUCUUACAUAGAAAAUGUUCCUCUUUUUAAGGGCUGUUCCUCGGAAUUCAUAAGUCAAGUUGUAACUCGAGUCCACGAAGAAUUUUUCCUCCCCGGAGAAGUGAUAAUGGAACAAGGGAAUGUAGUAGACCAGCUUUAUUUUGUCUGUCAUGGCGUUCUGGAGGAGGUUGGUAUAGCGAAGGAUGGAUCAGAAGAGACAGUGGCACUUCUUGAACCUAACAGCUCAUUUGGAGAUAUUUCCAUUGUUUGCAACAUUCCUCAACCAUAUACAGUUCGUGUUUGUGAACUGUGUAGGCUCUUACGUAUCGAUAAGCAGUCAUUUUCCAAUAUUCUGGAGAUUUAUUUUCAUGAUGGAAGAAGAAUCUUGAGUAAUUUACUACAGGGAAAAGAAUCCAAUCUCCGCGUGAAGCAACUGGAGUCAGAUAUCGCAUUCCAUAUAGGGAAGCACGAAGCAGAACUUGCUUUGAAAGUGAAUAGUGCAGCUUAUCACGGUGAUUUGCAUCAGCUGAAGAGCCUAAUUCGCGCUGGAGCUGAUCCCAACAAGAAAGAUUAUGAUGGAAGAUCACCCCUGCAUCUUGCAGCAUCGAGAGGCUACGAAGACAUAACUCUUUUCCUUAUCCAAGAAGGCGUUGAUAUAAAUGUUCCAGAUAAAUUUGGCAACACGCCACUGCUUGAAGCAAUCAAAAGUGGACAUGAUCGCGUUGCUUCAUUACUUGUUAAGGAAGGGGCUCUGUUGAAAAUUGAAAAUGCUGGUAGUUUCCUUUGUAUGGUGAUAGCAAAGGGCGAUUCAGAUCUAUUGCGAAGGCUAUUGUCCAAUGGUGUUGAUCCCAACUCCAAAGACUAUGAUCAACGAACACCACUUCAUGUUGCUGCUUCUCAAGGGCUAUACUCAAUGGCGAAAUUGCUCUUGGGAGCUGGCGCUUCUGUUUUCACAAAAGAUAGAUGGGGAAAUACUCCAGUUGAUGAAGCUAGAGUAAGUGGAAACAAGCAAAUGAUCGGUCUUCUGGAAGAAGCAAAAUCUGCUCAGUUAUCUGAAUUCCCUGAUGUUCCACAUGAGAUGUCAGAAAAAUUGCGUCCGAGGAAAUGUACUGUGUUUCCUUUCCACCCAUGGGAGUCCAAAGAUGUGAGAAAACAUGGUGUUGUAAUGUGGAUACCUCAGACUAUCGAGGAGCUCGUUACCACAGCAUCUGAGAAACUCAAUUUUCCAUCUGACUCUUGUAUAUUAUCAGAAGAUGCUGGUAAAAUUCUUGAUAUAGAUAUGAUUGUUGAUGGUCAAAAAUUGUACUUGAUCAAUGAUCAAUCAACUUGAGAUUUCCUUUCGUCGUGUAAAUGUUGUUGUAUCUUGUAGCUUUGUGGUUUGUAUAUUAUUCCACUAAAAAAAAGAUGAAUAAAACUCUCUUCAAGCUCUUA